AUGACCGCCCCUCUUCGCUGGGGCUUCCUCGGCUGCGGCCGCAUCUCGUCGGACUUCGUGAGCGCCAUGAAGUCGCUGGACGACGUCGUGUUCCAGGCCUGCGCCGCGCGCUCGCUCACCAGCGCCCAAGCCUUCGCCACGGAGCACGGCAUCGCCAAGGCGUACGACUCGUACGAAGCGCUGGUCUCGGACGCCGACGUGGACGUCGUGUACAUCGGAACGCUGCACCCGUGGCACUACGAGCACACGGUGCUGGCCCUGAACCACGGCAAGCAUGUUCUGGUGGAGAAGCCCAUGGCCAUGAACGUGACUCAAGCCUCGGCCGCCAUCGCCCUCGCCCGAGAGAAGAAGCUCUUCCUCAUGGAGGGAAUGUGGACACGCUUCUUCCCCGCUAUCCGCCACGUGCGCCAACUGCUGGCCGACAAGGAGGUCGGGGACGUCCACCACGUCCACGCGGCCUUUGGCUGCCAGUUCGACGCCGACAACGCCCGCAUGUGGCACAACGAGCUGGGCGGAGGCGGCCUCCUGGACAUCGGCAUCUACCCGCUGGCCUUCGCCACGAUGGUCUUUGGAGCCGAGCCCGAGAAGGUCACGUCGACCGGCAAGCUGAACGACGGAGGAGUGGACAUCCACAACUCGGUCACGCUGGAGUACAGCGACUCCCGAUUCGCUACCAUUGAGUACACGAUGCUCGCCACGAUGGACGAGACGCUGACUAUCACGGGCAGCAAGGGACGCAUCCACCUCCCAGCGCCGGCUCACACAGCCACGGAGGUGAGGCUCGUCAAGUACGCGGAGGACGGCUCGCAGAAGGAGACCAAGUCGCUGUUCCCGUGGCCGGCGCCUGCCCCCGGAGUCACCUUCAACUACGGCGGCUCGGAGGGCUUCCGCUACGAGGCGGAGACGGUGAUCGAGGCCAUCCAGAGCAAGCAGCUCGAGAGCAAGGAGUACCCGCUGGACGAAUCGCUCCAGAUCAUGACCAUCAUGGACAAGAUUCGCAAGGACGUGGGACUCGUCACUAACUCCAUGGGUGGCGACUCGCAACCUCCGCUCCGCUGGGGGUUUAUCGGCUGUGGCAACAUCGCCAACGACUUCGUCAAUGCCAUGAAAGGCACGGCAAAUGGGACGAUCAGUCUGGCAGCGUGCGCAGCUCGGUCGCUCGAGUCCGCUGAAAAGUUCGCCGCGACGCACGGCUUUGCCCGUGCGUAUGGGUCUUACGAGGAACUUUGCGCUGAUCCAGAGGUGGAUGUGGUGUACGUCGCCACGAUCCACCUCAUGCACUUCGACCACGUCACGCUCGCGCUAAACCACGGGAAGCACGUGCUGGUGGAGAAACCCAUGACGAUGAAUGCCAAGCAGACAGCCUCAGUGAUUGAGCUGGCCAAGGCCAAGAAGCUUUUCCUCAUGGAAGGAGUGUGGACGCGCUUCUUCCCCUCCAUCAAGUUCGUUCGUCGACUCCUAGCUGAAGAGCGCAUCGGAGCCGUCCACCACGUACACGGCGAUAUCGGCAUUUCCUUCGUGAGCUCCCAAACCGAAGCGAACUUCCGCAGUUCGUCGGGGGACGGUGCGCUUCUGGGCAUCGGGAUUUACCCGCUGUCAUUCGUGACAAUGGUCUUCGGCACCAAGCCGCUGAAGAUCACCGCAACCGGGAAGACAAGUUCAGGAGGGGCCGAUGUCUACGGCUCAGCGACUCUCGAAUACAGCGGCAACCGCUUCGGCACCUUCAACUUCACGGCGCUAGCGGAACUGGGCAACAGCGUCACGAUCACGGGCAGCAAGGGUCGAAUCCGUAUCCCAUCGCCAGCCCACAGCGCGACGGAGGUCGUUGUCACGCAGUUCCUAGAAGACGGGUCCCAUCAAGAGACGACGACCAAGUUCCCGUGGCCAACACCUUCCUCCAGCAUCGCAACGCCGUUCAAGUACCCAGGGUCGGAAGCUCUCGUCUACGAAGCGGAAGCUGUCACCGAGGCAAUCCGAGAUGGUCGACUGCAGUGUGAAGAGUACCCCCUCGAGGAGUCGUUGGCCAUCGCCGAGAUCAUGGACGAGAUCCGAGAGGCUAUUGGGGUAGUCUAUGCAGCGGACAGCGGAGGCAAGCGCCAUUAA